AGCGGCCCGGUUUGCGGCAGUCGCAGUUUUAAAUAGUUAAAUACUAACGUUGACUUCGUCACUUUGACACACACGUUACUUCUGUUUCACAACUAAACUUUCAAGUGACGCACAAACCGACGCUGACACGCAACAAAUGGUCGAACAAGCAUGAGCUCCUGCAGCAGCUGACCUCAGUGCUGAGUGGCUCUUCAGUGACCUCCUGCCCACAGUGUGAAGGAUGAACAAACUCUCCAUGGGAGAUAAAGCUGCUUCAAGCAGAGUGAACCACUGGGUGGAUCCGUCUUUCAGCGAUUUGACAGGCGAAAGCUUUUCUCUACCUGGAAGGAGAAAGGGUUUGUGCUCUCAAGCUGAGUCCAAGAGGCCGAGGAAGAGGAAAGGAGUGGAGAGCAGGUCAGACCCUCACAUCUCUGCCCUGCUGAAAGAGUCGGCCCACAGAGACCACGAUGAGCCCUGGGUGGACAGAUACUCACCGCGUUCCCAGAUUGAGCUGGCUGUCCACAAGAAGAAGAUCGAGGAGGUAGAAAACUGGAUGAGGACCCACACAAACGCAUCAAAGGGUGGAAUCCUCCUGCUGACAGGACCAUCAGGAUGUGGGAAGACUGCUACAGUCCAGGUUUUGUCUCAGGAGCUGGGUUUAAGGAUUCAGGAGUGGGUCAACCCCACCAAUGUAGAGCCAUACAGCAGCAGCAGCAGCAGCCAGCAAGAAUGGAGGAUGAACGGCAUGUCCUGCAGCUCCCAGCAGGCUCAGUUCCAAGACUUCCUCCUCAGAGCCAACAAAUACAGUUGUCUGAGGAUGGCAGGCGAUGAUGGAGCAACAGACAGGAAGCUCAUCCUGGUGGAGGAAUUGCCAAACCAGUUCUACAGACAUCCUAGCAACCUGCACGAUAACUUGAGGCGCUUUGUGAAGACCAGUCGAUGUCCCUUAGUGUUCAUAGUGUCGGACAGUCUGAGCGGAGACAGCAGCUCACGCUUGCUUUUUCCAAGAGACGUCCAGGAGGAGCUGGACAUCAGCUGCAUCAGUUUUAAUCCAGUGGCUCCAACCACGAUGAUGAAGGUCCUCACCCGCAUUUCAACCCUGGAGGCAGGAAAGAGCUGUGGUAGGAUGUGUGUCCCAGACAAAAGUGUGUUGGAGAUGCUGUGUUCAGGAAGCUCAGGAGAUAUCCGCAGUGCCGUCAACAGCCUACAGUUUUCCUCCCUCCCAGACACGUCAUUGGAAAAGGAUCUGUGGAGGCUGAAGAAGGACAGACCUGUGGCUUCAGCGAGUAAAACCCUUUCCAGAACGACCCAGAGGAAGAGGAAGUCAAAACAGGCAAAGGAGCAGGAGGAGGAGCAGCAGGCUAUAGGAGGGAAAGAUGCCUCUCUCUUCCUGUUCAGAGCACUGGGAAAAAUCCUCCACUGCAAACGAAGGAACCAUGAAGAUGCUGAAGCAGCUGAAGUUGCUGCUGCUCCUGCUCCUGCUCUACCAUCUCACCUGUCUCAUCAUCACAGAGAAACAUUAUUAGUUGACCCUGAGCUGGUUGUUGAACGUUCACACAUGUCUGGAGAGUUCUUCAACCUGUACCUCCACCAGAACUACCUGGACUUCUUCUCUCAGGUGGAGGACGUGGCCCGAGCCAGCGAGUAUCUGUCUGAUGCCGACCUGCUCACUUCUGAUUGGACGAGUCGCAGCACCAUGCAGGAGUAUGGAUCUUCAGUGGCCACUAGAGGGCUCCUCCACUCCAACUCUCAGCAGGUUUGUGUUGGAUUCAGACCUCUGCACAAACCCAACUGGCUGCUGAUCAGCAAGAGGCACCGGGAGAACUGCCUGGCUGCUCAGUCCCUGUUCAGGAACUUCUGUCUGGCACCAGUCAGCCUGCAGACGGAGCUGCUGCCAUACCUGGCUAAACUUACCAAUCCUAUGAGGAAUCAAGCUCAGAUCGCUUUCAUCCAGGACGUGGGUCACAUGUCACUGAGGAGCUUCAGCAGCAGAUUAAAGUUGGAAGCUCUGACGGACAAAGAACCAGGACAGCUGGAGACAGACGGUGAGGAAGAGGAGCAGAAAGAGGAAGGACAGGGUGGAGCUGAGGACGCUCUGCCGGCCAGUCAGCCUCAACCGACCACAAAUCCAGCUCUUUUAGAGGAGGAGCUGAUCAUUGAGGAAUAUGACAGUGACUAAACACACACACACACACACACACACACACUUUCACCUUUUCUUCGUCUGGUUUUCAUAAAUGGAAAAAAGUUAGGAAGAAACAAAAUAAGUUCCAAGACAAAUUUUGACAUGAGAAAAAGAACGUUGUUAUUUUUGUUCCCAAAAAGUUGGCUGUGAUGAUUCAUAUUGUCUUUAAAGCCUGAAGUGAAUGUGAUUGUGUUGCUCGAGAACACGUGGAGAUUAAUUGUUAUAAUCUCAGCGUUUAAGGCCCUUAAAUGUUCAGUUCUGUCAGUAUUUAUUAGUUUUAUGUAUAAGUUCAGCACUUGUGUAUUUUUUUUUUUGUAUAUUUUGUGUCUUUGUUUUGUUGAUUGCUUGAUGAGCCCGUUGUUACUGCCCCGGCUGCAGCUCAAUCCAUUUCACUCUGGAUGAUUCCAGUCUUCUGAGCUGUGGUUGUAUUGAGUACUGACUGUGUGCGCCCCCUGCUGGGAAAGACAUGCUCAUGGCACCUCUCUGUGGUAUCUUAAGAAUAUGCCUCUUUUUUUGGGCUGUAAAAUGAGGUUUGUUUCACGAGUAAACUCUUACUCCCGGCACCAAAGUCCAGGAAAGUCAGUGACUUGACAUCAUGGCUCAGAGGAGUUGCUGAUCCACAGCUGCCACUGGCGGUAAGUUCCAUUGUGUUAUUUUGUGACUUCAGUGUUUAAAGUCAUUGGUCCAGAUUUAAAUAAGUGAAACAAACUUACCACACGAGGCAGCAGUGAACCAGCUCCUGUGUCCACACAAGCUAAAAUCACUGAUUGUCUCCAUGGAGUUUGGUGCAGGACAUUUAGCAGCGUAUUAAUUAAUUCUGCUGUGGGGAAACACUAAUAAACUAAAGUCUAAUAGUGAGUUAAAGCAGCCAACAUGGUACAAUAUUGUAGACAUAAAUCAGGUUUUAUCAUGUGAGUAUUUCGAUGAAUGACUUCUAAUCACUUUGUCCAUGUGUCUCCAUGGGCAGCUACGUUUGAAGUGAGCAAUAGUGUCUCAGACUAGUUCCUGGAACUUCCAGCAGAGGGCGCACACGGCAAAGUCAGGCUAUGAUGUUGUUGUACUUACAACAACUUACAACUUAAACAACAACCACCCUCUUUAGUCACGUUUAGACUUACAGAGGGAUAAAUGAUCCAAAUCUCCACAGACGUAUGAAUAAAAAUGAUUUAUGUGAA